UUUUGCGAGCGAUAAACAAACUGUCGUUCAUGAUUAUUCAGGAAUUAAAUUAAAUUUAUUCAGUCUUGGUGUUCAAUUUGUCAGCGUAUUUAAUUAGUGUAUCUAAGAUGUCUGAAUCCACUCAGAAUUCCACCAUUGAUCCGGAGGACACGAUCAAGAUUUUGGUUGCCAGUGAUAUCCAUCUGGGAUACAAUGAAAAGGAUGUUAUCCGAGGAGAGGACAGUUUCAUCGCAUUCGAGGAAGUACUCCAGCAUGCGCUGGAGAACGAUGUGGACGCCAUAAUUUUGGGUGGCGAUUUGUUCCACAUAGCGAAUCCGUCGACGAACACGCUGAACAGAUGUACACGAUUGCUGAAGACCUACUUGCUGGGCGACAAGCCCAUCAAGCUGGAGUUUCUUAGUGAUCAGAACGAAAAUUUCCUGGAAUCACUCAACAAGACGGUCAAUUAUGAAGAUCCGAACAUGAACAUUGCCAUUCCGAUGUUCUCCAUCCAUGGCAAUCACGACGAUCCGAGUGGAUUCGGGAGGAUCAGUUCGCUGGAUUUGUUGAGUACGAAUGGAUACGUGAACUACUUUGGCAAGUGGACGGAUUUAACAAAAAUCAACAUCAGUCCGAUUCUGCUGAAGAAAGGCGAAACGAAAAUGGCUCUGUACGGGUUGAGUUACAUCAGCGAUGCCAGACUGGCGCGGUUGUUCAACGAGGCCAAGGUUUUCCUGGAGAAGCCGGAGGAUUCCGGCUGGUUCAAUAUAAUGGUACUCCACCAGAACAGGGCCGACCGCGGUCCGAAAAACUACUUACCGGAGAAGUCGUUACCAGCUUUCCUUGAUCUGGUGAUUUGGGGUCACGAGCACGACUGUCGCAUUAUUCCGGAGGAGAAUGUGAGCAAGAAGUUUUACGUUAGUCAGCCGGGUUCAACGGUAGCCACUUCCCUUGCCGAAGGGGAAGCGCUCGAUAAGUGCUGUGGGAUUCUCAGCAUCCAUAAGAGUUUGUUCCGUUUGGAUCCGAUCCGCUUGCAGACGGUUCGGCCGUUCAUCUUUGAGUCUAUCAACAUGGCUGAGUAUUUCGAUGAGUUGCGAUUGGACGAGGGUGAUGUCCAGCAAAAGAUGCAGAAUUUCGCCGCGGAGAAAAUCGAAGAACUGAUCAAGCGUGCCGAGGAGAAAUUGACCGGAAACCAGAAGCAACCGAAGUUGCCCUUGAUUCGGUUGCGAUUGGACAUAACCGAUGUGGAGCAGCAGUUCAAUUCUAUCCGCUUCGGGCAGCAGUACAGUGGCCGGGUGGCUAAUCCACAGGAUAUGGUUGUGUUCAAGAAGAAGAUUACCAGGGCAAAGGACGAAGCUAAACCAUUGGAUAAGGAAGCACUGCUUGAAGCAUUCCAGAAUCAACGGGAAGCGACGGCCAACCGAGCGGAGGAAGUUGUGGAUAGGUACUUCAAAGAGGCGUCAGAAGAUAAGCAGCUGGAGCUGUUGUAUUGCAAGAGUAUGAGCGAAUUGACGAAACGUAUGGUCGAUUACGAGGACGAUGACGCAGCGGACAGCAUUGUCAAGUUCUACGAACGGCAAGUGCUGCAGCAUUUAGAAGGUCAAGUAAUUAAUGAGGACAACAUCGAUGAGGUUCUGGAAAGCUUCCGUUCCACAAAGCGCGAUACGCACAACGAUAUGCUAAAGAUGUUGGACUCUCGUAGUCAGAAAGGUCCGGGUCCAAAUGAUCGAACACGUUCGUUGACUCACGACAGUGAUGAAGAAGAUGCAGACAAUCCAAAGGCCAGUUCAAAUAUUUCUUCUGUACUAGCUCCUCCAGCGUCCGCUACUGCUCGUGGUGGACGGGGAAGCCGCGGAGGAAGAGGAUCGCGCAACACCUCUGCUGCCUCAACUGCCAGUGGGCGUGGUAGAGGUAAGGGCAAAGGUUCAUCCAAUAAUUCUUCGACCAGCAGGAUUGAUUCCUUCAUGACCCACACGGCGAAGCCACCGGCCAGCUCUCGAACCAGUAGCAGAAAUAUCUCCAAGGUUGUGUACAUCUCGGACGAGGACGAUGAAUGAGCAAACCGCACUCAGAGACUUAUUUCUGCUGCAUUUCAUACAUUCCGGAGGAUCAUUAGAGCUCUCUUGAUACGCUUUUGUUGAAUUAUUUUAUUUACCAGUAAUUUAAGGUACCUUCCUACCAUAAAUAUGUUUUUUUUUCCGUGCAACGCGAUUCUAACAACAUAAGCUUUAA